CACAGAAGAGGACUGCCAUGUCUGUGGAGAGCGAUUUUCACUAGAUAAUACUGUCUGUACAUGCUGCUACCUGUGGAGACACUAGCUGUAAUGAUGUGAUAAUCCCAAGGACCCUGUUGGAGGCUGUAAAAGAGAUGCGAGCAAACAUAGAUGACAAAACAGAAACACCUUGGACCAUCAAGGUAGUAAGAAGGUUGUUCAGUACGACUGCUAUCGAACAACUAGAAGAAACAGAAUUAGAAGAUUGGAAUAAAACCCUACGAGUCCAUUUCAUUGGUGAAGAAGGUGUUGAUGCUGGUGGAUUGCAAAGAGAAUUUUUAUUGCUAUUCAAAGGGUCACCUGUCUUCGAGGGAAAUACUUUCAGUUUUAAACCAAAUCUUUUGGACAAAAAAGAGUAUUGCCUGAUUGGAAAGGCUGUAGCCACAGCAAUACUGAAUGGCCAUCCUGGACCAAGAUGCUUAAACCAACACAUAACAAAAUACAUCUUGGAGGGGGUAGAGCCCGACUUCAGAGUAAUUCCGACGGACGAAAUUCAAAGAUUAGAUGUUAGAGCUGCUAUCAAGCAGAUUGAGGAUGCUACAACUGAAACAGUUGCAGAUGUAUUUAAUGAAACCAUUUCACUGUUGGAGGAGACUGGCUACAGUGAGUUGCUGACUGCAGAGAAGAAGCAACAUGCUGUAUCUGCUCUGAAGGGCCACUUUCUUCUAUACCGUGUUAUGGCUUCAAUAAAUCAGUUCAAAGGACUGAAGCUCCAUGGCAUUCUGGAACUCCUACAACAACAUACUAAAGAGGCCAACAGUUACUUGAGUGAAGAUUGCAACCCCACAGCACAUGACGGGGUCUUUUUUAUACCAGAAUUCUCCACAGAUGCUGACCAAAAAGCUACAGAAGAGAUGAUAAUAUACAAUUGUAAUAAAUUUCUGAAGAAAAUAGAAAAGAGUAAAAUAAUAACGCCAUGGUUAGAUGUGAAUGAUGGAAACCAGCCCGACGUGACUCUCAACAUGGGCCACGUGUUGCAGUCACUCCUCGGAUGCACUAGACUACCUGUCAAUUUGAGUUUUGGAACAAUUCAAUUUGACCACAUUUCGAGACACCUACCAAAAGUAAACACCUGUGCUCCAUCGAUUUUGUUUACAAAGACAAAAGAACUGGAAAAUUAUGAAACAUUUGAAGAAAUUUUGCUGUAUAUCAUUGUUGGAUCUUACGGGUUUGGGACAGCAUAA